GAAAGAGCAGCAAUGAAGCGUGGAAGAAAAUGCGGAAGUCGCACAGUUAAAACUGUUCACCUCGCAUUUCCCACGCCUUGGCGUACACUGUACCGACAAAACAUGGUAACUUUUGCAGAAUUCGCACAGCCUGGCGCGCAAAACGACACUCGCGGAUGACGUCGGGACAGAGGCGCGCGGCAGUCCCAGUCACGCGGACUGAUCCUCGCCAAGGUGUUGGCAAAAUGUUGUAACAGGUUCUCAGCAGCGCUGCGGUUACUGCAUCCAAAGUGGGCUGAACGGGCCCGUUUCGUCGCUACACUCGCGUGGAGCAGCGGCUCGCUGCGGGGCCCUGGCGACGAGCCGUAUAAACCGACACUCGUCGUCUUGUUCGGAGGACACCGCUCCUGAGGUCGAGGUCCCUCGCGCUCGGUCGCGGUCCGCUUGUAACUGUGUCCCUCCUCCAAGCUCGCGGCGUCUGCUCCGCUCUCUUCUUCGCCUCCCCGCCCCCUCUCCUGCGUGUCGUCACAACAUGGCGACGCACUCGGACGCCAGGGUCGAUUUAAACACCGACAACAUCCAGGUAGGGACCGCCACUCUACCCCGCCGUGGCGAACUUCCAUGCUCUCUCGGGAACCGAGUGGGGACAGCGCGUGGCGCGCGGUCGGGUCCCGCGCCCUGAAGGAGGCAGAUUUCAGCGCGCGCUCGCGUUCUCGCUCCAGGAAGCGCUGCAGUCGGCGCAGCGCGGGCGCAGCUCGCCUUGGCUUGUUUGGGCUGAAGGGUAUCGCUCUGGUUCGCGCCUCCACGGCUGCCCGCCUGUGCUUUUUGUACCAAUCCGCUGCGGGAAACUGUCCGGCGGGGACACACAGUGGGACCGUAACGUGUUCGCUGCUGUCGGCACCGGCCGAACUGGAGGGAGCCGGGGCCGACUAGUCUUUCCGAGAAUAAAUAUAAUCGUGUUAUUUAAUUUAUGUUCACCAACAGAAAUGUAGCGCUCAGUAACCGUGGCGUGAUUAUCAUGUUUGGUGACAUGAUGCGGAGGCCCGCUGCUGCUGGUGCUGCUGACACAUUCGCGAGUUCCUGGCUGGUUCGGUCCGGCUCGUUUCCACCGACGAUCCGUCCGAAGUGCGCUGACUCCAGACCCGUUUCAACAAUAUGAAGUACUAGUUCUUACGCAAGCAAGGUGUCUGCAGCCAUAAAUGUUACAGGGUCCAAAUAAACGCUUGCGUAUGUGAUAUAUUAUCGAUUAGACUUUUUUCUUGUGUAUACAUGGUUUACUCUGUUAGAAAUGCCGACGGGGAAUUAUUUGUCGUGGUUCGAGUUCAGUCGCGAGCUGUGACAUCACGCGCCACAGGCGGUAAAACGGCCGCGCGACACUCUUGCUUGAUAACAUCGUGGACCCGUGUAAAGUUUGGUGCCCAGUCGUUCACGAGGUAACUGAACUCAGUUUGACUAAGGAACAUGGUACCGUGUCGCGUCACUCUAGCCGUCCACCGUGAAUAUUAUAUAUAUUGUGUGCGGAAGCCGCGUGUCAUAACCGAGGCGCUGAGUGAAGAGUGGCGGACGUCGGACAUGCCAUGGUGUCGGUCGCGCCUCGUGCCACUCGAGCGUUGAGGCGCGUCGCGCGCUCGGUUCUGUGCGGACACCGCGUGGCUGAGUGGCAGGAGAACUGAGCGCGUGCCCGCGCGCUCCCGAAGGCCCGGGAAGCGCGUGUUGGAGCGGGCGGUGUAAGCUUCUUAGCGGGCUCGCGCGUCCCGCCCGGUGGCUCCACGCGAGGGACAGAGUCCACUUGGUACAGAAAGACGUGACACACGCGGUCUGUGGCCCGUGGAGUGCUAAGGACGCUCGUUUAUAAGUGUAGCACUUCUGGAAUCGCUGAGACAUAUAAUUAUUUAUUAUAUGAAACAGAACUGUACUUAUAAAGAAAUAUUUAUUGCUUUCUGUUAUGCAAAUUCAUUCAAAACAUGGUAGAUUUUUUUUUUUUUUUGCUUCAGUUACAAAGCAAAUUACAGUUAUUUAUCCAGCUGGGUAAUUUUUACUGGGGUAAUUCAGGGUAAGUACCUUGCUCAGUGGUAUUACAACGGUAGGUGGGAUCUGCACCUGUGACCUUCACAUCCGGCAGCCGCUCUAACCGUUACGCCGUCAGCUGCCCUAGGUUUUGCCUUGUUCUGCUGCUGAUAUUGCCAGGCCACCGAGUCUCAGAGUGUGUUUGAGCAUAGAAAAGAUUUGGUCAGUUUUAUUGUACGAAAGCUCGUUUUCCCCAGUGGGUCAGAUCAAGUUCAGCUGGCCUAAGUUUGGCAGCCAGAUGAUGGAGACGGCAGGCAUGUGCGCGAUGGAGGUGGCAACGCGCGGUCUCGUCGGCUGCGGCAGCUCCCUGCCUGCUGUGGACGGGCGCUGUGGAGAGGAGGAUGAGGCCCUGCCAGGACUGGAUAUCACCUGCUGCGAUGGGGAGUCCCGAGGGGAGACCCCCGGACACGAGGACUGCCGCGCCGACCCGCUCGAUGGCGAGGUUGCGUCCGACGGCGACCAAGGCAAGGGCACGAAAGGUUUUUGGAAAGAGGUUCUUCUGCUGAUGCAAGCCCUCAACACGCUCGCCACCCCUGAGGAGAAGCUGGCAGCCCUGUGCAAGAAGUAUGCGGAUCUGUUGGAGGAAAGCCGCAGCAUGCAGAAGCAGAUGAAGGGGCUCCAGAAGAAACAGUCGCAGAUCAUCAAGGAGAAGAUCCACCUGCAGGGAGAGCACAGCAAGGCCAUCCUGGCUCGCAGCAAGCUGGAGAGCCUCUGCAGGGAGCUGCAGCGCCACAACAAGACGCUUAAGGAGGAGAACAUGCAGAGGGCCAGGGAGUAUGACGAGCGGCGGAAAGAGGCCACGCUGCACUUCCAGAUGACGCUCAACGAGAUCGAGGCGCAGAUGGAGCAGCACAGCGUACACAACGGCAAGUUGCGACAGGAGAACAUGGAGCUCGCGGAGAAGCUGAAAAAGCUCAUUGAGCAGUACGAGUUGAGGGAGGAGCACAUUGACAAGGUGUUCAAACAUAAGGAGUUGCAGCAGCAGUUGGUGGAUGCCAAACUUCAGAGGACCACUGAGCUCAUGAGGGAGGUGGAGGAGAAGCAUCAGCGAGAGAGGGACUUUCUGCUGAAAGAGGCGACAGACUCGAGGCAGAAGUGUGAACUCAUGAAGGAACAGGAGUCCCAGCUGAAACAGCAGCUGUCUUUGUACAUGGACAAGUUUGAGGAGUUCCAAACCACCCUGGCGAAGAGCAAUGAGGUCUUCACCACUUUCAGACAGGAAAUGGAAAAGAUGACUAAGAAGAUAAAGAAACUGGAAAAGGAGACGACACUGUGGCGUACCAAGUGGGAGACCAACAACCAGGCCCUGCUGCAGAUGGCUGAGGAGAAAACGGUGCGAGACAAGCACUACGCUGCUCUGCAAGGGAAGCUGGAGCGCCUGGAGAAGCUGUGCAGAGCGCUGCAGAAAGAGCGCAAUGACCUCAACCAGAAGCUAGAGGGACUGGAGGGUCCACGGGGUGGGGCCACGGGCCCCCCCGACACACGACUUGCGACGCCACCCGAUGGGCACUCCCUGAAAGAGGUGCGAACGGAGUCUGGCGGAGAGGGAGAGAGCCUGGAGCCCUGUCCCCCUGGACAGGAAGGAGCGUCUGCGCCCACCCCGGUAUAGACCCUCCGUCUGCUGAGCCAGGCCCACGGCCUUUUGUCGAGGUAUACAUAUAUAUAUUUUUGUGUAAUAGACAUAAUGUAAGAGGUAUAAAUGCAUUAGUAAAUAUAAUGCUUUGCUCUGUACAUGGUAAUUAUUGGGUUUGUGGUGAGCAUUUUGUUACUCCCUAUUUUCUACCACAUCUGUAUUUUCUUAACUAUCAUGUCAUGCGAGGCUGCUAGUCUAGAACUUAUUCCCAUCUUUUUUUUUUUUUCUCUCGUGCAUAUCUGCCUCAUUUUUAUAUUUUUCUUCCCAGCUGACAAUUCCCAGCUCUUGUUACUAACAGUUUGUGUUGAGAAUUAACUACAUGUAAGAGGAAAUGUAAACAUUGAGAAAGAGGGCUAUAUUUAUUUAGACUUGCUUCCUUGUUCAACUAAGUUGAUGUUUAAAUAAUAGUAUAGUUUAUGUGCAUCAUACUAAAUCACUCCUAGUGAAACUAGAGUGGUUUUGUCGCUCUCUGCCCUGUCUCGAAGCAUAAGGAAAAGGUGGUCAUCUGUGAGUAACAUCAGUUAAAUAUCAGUCAUUUUUUUCGUACUGUCUUAAACUGUAAAAUUCCAGGUGAACAGGUGUCGUCCUUCCGCAGCUGUUUGCUGGAGACCCUACUUUGUAUUCAUAACUUUAAGCAACUCUUAGUUAUUUAGGGUUAAAUAUAAAAACGUGCCAGUAAAUGAUUUUGGGAUUUGAAUUAAUUUUUGUUUUUUUUUUUUUUUUUUUUGUACACUUCAGUUUUAAAACAUGUUGCCACACUGCUUAUUUUUUUUGACAAUUCUACAGUGACAUCAUUUAAAGUAGAUUUUAAUCAUUCUCACUUUUUUUUUUUUAUAUUCAACUGGAAGCUGUCAUCUUUUUUUGGUUGUUCUUGAUAAUACUGAAUGUAUUUUUUUUAUUGUUCUGCAAUGAACACCAAUAAAUCAAAUUAAUUUGGUCUUUACAUAUAAUGCCAACAAUGUGAAACUAUAUGGGGAAAAAUCCAAGCUUAUGAAUGUAGAAAUGCUGCUCUUUUUUUAACUUAUGCUUUGCCAAGCUCCUGUAAAAUACUGUGCAACUGUGGAUCUCGGAUCAGUACGCUCUCAAAAUGAGCCUUGCUUCUGCCUGACCUCUAGCCGUGAAUUAUGAAUGGGAAUACAGGGUUUAUCGUCGUCAUCAGUCUCAGGUCCCGCAGUCUUUCAUUCUGCUACAAGCUGCUUCCACUCUGGAAGUCAAGCUGGCAGCAAGAAAGAUUUCACUAAACAAUAUAAUGUGUUUUGGCUUUAUUAUUUUUUUAAAUCAAUAAGCCAUUUCAUCAAUAAUGCCAUAUUAAACCAGUGGUAGUGGAAGAACAAGAAUUAUUUUUUUAGCGUUCCAGGUACUCAGUUCUGAAAUAAAUUGAAGUGAUAUGUAUAUUAUAUCACACCAACACCAGCAGUUCAAUUGCCUUGAAGUCAUUGCUGCCAGCUUCACCCUAUUAAAGAAUAUUUUAGAAUUCCCUAAAUAUAACACCGGGUUUUAAUAUCUCCUAGCAAACGUAACCCUUUUUUUUUAAAAAAAAUUCUUUUUUUGGGUACCACUCAGUAAUAGAUUUUUUGGCGGUUUUUUAGGAUCAUUAUUUCAGACUGCGCUCAGCUGUCGUUUGCUGGGUGUUUUGUGUUUCUCCCAAGGUGUGAAAUGUGAAGCCCCCGGUGCUGCAUGCGUAAGGAGUCCAGCAGCGCAAUCUACAGCAAAAGGCUUCUGGUAAUUCGGAUGUUUCAGUGAUCGCAGCAUGGGGCGCGUGUCUGCAACUUGGGCGAAAACGGUCCAGAAACACCCAUUCCUUAAAUUGUAUCGCGUCUCAAACAUUGUCUUAAUGUUACUUGAAUGUGCUUUUACUUUCAUGGUUGAAAGUGUGCUGCAGGUCUUGGGAACUAAUAGGAAAAAAAAAUGGAAGACUAUUGUAUGUUUACCGUGACAGUUCAUACCAGCAUUACCCAUGCAAGAAGUUGUGCUUUCAUGUAAUUUUACACCAACUUUGAUGUAAGUUUAGGCACAGUGUCACAGGCAGGGAAUUGCAGCGUUGGAAUUCGAGUCUCCGUUGAAUGUAGGGACACAGUGCGGUGUUUUGAAAGUGUGCUGAUUGCACAAUUCGCUCCCUUUGCCAGUGUAGGCAUGUACUUAAGUCCCAUUUGUCUUGUUCUUAAAAGUAGGAGUUUGUGUUGCUGAAAUAUUUCAUUGUUCAAGAUCAUGACCAUAAGCAGCUUUCCCCAAAAUAUGACCCCCCCCCCCCAUCUGUUGUGAAUUACCGUGAUAUUUGUAGCAAUUUGGAUUUUAUUCCUUGGAAAUGAAUGGCCUAACAUCUUGAAUUGAACGGUGUACUUUUUGGAGGACUGGACAAUGUGAAUGUAGAUGACUCACUGGUUUGUGACUGCAGCCAUUUGCUAUGUUGUAGAACUUAUUCCAGACUCUCAUCCUUGGCCAACAAUGGUCAUGUCAUGGUUGUAGGAGCCAAAUGCAAGUUCAUUUAAUUCUUCCCCCCUCCCCAUUCAAGGCAAAAACUGCUUUCACCUACCCUGACACACCAAAAGUGUUGCUUUAUUUACAGUAAUCUCGUCACCCAAGAGCUGAAGUUUCGGCUGUGCCCAGAAUUUUACGCCUUCCUUCGGCAGCACCUCCGUUUCAUUCUCAGGUUAUGCCAGAAAUCUACCUCCAAGGGUUGUACACAAAACUGAGCAGCUGGUAUCAGCAUUGAAAAAUUUUUUUCCAACAUGAACCCAUGUUCCCUUUGAC